GAUAGGGCAACGUCGAAGAAAGGAUUAUUCAGCAUCAACCUGGAGUUAUUCUCUAUUCUAGUCAACAUUACAUAGGUCCCAGUUUUUAUCGAAAUGCAUGGAACCACACAUAUAACAGUGAUUCUUGUCCUGAUACUGGCAUCGUUCUCAACAGUUAUUCAUUGUACCAACUCUUCCUUCACAAAUUCGACAGGUAGUAUUUUCUGUGUUUUCGGAAGUAGCGCAGUUUACAGACCAGGAGACGGGAAGUUUACUGUAGAACAUAUCAAUCCGCUUCUCUGCACUCAUCUAAUAUUUCUACACGCCACACUACCUGUCUUAGAGUGUAAGAUCUUGAGGGAGAGUGAGGAUUUACCGGGGCCUAUCAUUGGCGGACAGAAUUUGAACAAUUUGUGUUAUGCUGAUGAUACAGUUUUAACGGUUGAUUCAGAAGAAAAGCUGCAAGAAAUAUUCGUAGACUACGUCCUUGUGUUAACUCUGGAUUAUCAUGGGCCUUGGGAACGCAAAACUGGCCAUUACGCGCCACUUUAUUGUCAUACGGAACACACACUUCUCGAUCGACGUCUGUGUGUGGAUUACUCCAUAAAUUACUGGAUAAAGAAAGGCGUUCCGUCACACAAGUUGGUGAUGGCUAUAGGUACCUAUGGUCGAUCCUACAAAUUAGUUGAUCCAAUAGAACAUGAGAUUGGAGCCGAAGCAGAAGGGCCGUACAUUGGAGGACAUUACACGAGUAGCCCCGGGUUUCUGGGGAUGAAUGAGAUGUGUGAGAUACUUUUAACUAUACCUGGGGCUGAAAUUGGAGAGGAAAAUGGUCACGUGGUGCCGUAUGUCCAUCUAUAUGAUCACUGGGUCAGUUUCGACGAUGAAUUGAGCGUUUACUACAAGGUACAAUACAGCGUACAGCAAGAUCUUGCAGGUGUCGUUCUAUGGACCAUGGAUACAGACGACUGGAGAAACAAGUGUAGUUACGGCUCCUUUCCGCUGCACGUCGCUGCUAAAGGCGCCAUGACAGGGGAAUUAAUUCUUGAUGGAUUAUGA